GUGGCACGUCAAUCACAGUUACCACGUGGUGCGUCGGCAUACUACGGGAGUGUUCUGCGAGUGUUUUGAUGAGCUCCCGCCAUCUUGGGAGGAAAGUGUUCUACUUUGGUGUGGAAAAAGACGUGUAGCUCGCCUAAUCCAACUCCCAGGUCGACGCCACUUGCGUGCGGGAUUCAUCGGGAACUGCUCUACGACAUGAGUUUAGAUACCCUGCUUGAAGCCGCCAAAUACAUCGAAUAUAGAUCGGAAGCAAAAGCACGUGGCGAGAUCCCGCAGGAUUACCAGACGUUCGCUCUGCAGAGCAAAGCCAUCGCAGCGGCUGACGAGUUUCGGAUCCAGGCGAGGCAGCAGCUGCACAACGCAUCGCGGUGCGACAAUUCUUCGGACUCCUACUCGUCCAAUCACUACGACGAUGGCCGGGAGAAGAGGCGGUCGGGAGGCAGACGACGAGGAGAGGAGCAGACAUAUAUAGACGAGCAGACGAUGGGGAGCCUGCCGGCACGGACGGGGGGCACACGUGAAGUUCACAAUAAGCUUGAAAAAAAUAGGAGAGCCCACCUGAAGGAGUGCUUUGAGACACUGAAAAGACAGCUUCCAAACAUGGACGAUCGGAAAACAUCCAACUUGACCAUUCUCAGGGGUGCCCUGCGCUACAUACAGAGCCUGAAGCGGCGUGAGCGGGAGUAUGAGCACGAGAUGGAACGCCUGGCUCGAGAAAAGAUAGCAGCACAGCAGCGGCUGGCCACACUCAAGAAGGACCUGUCCUUGCAGCUUGACUACCUCGACAUGAGCGCCCUGCUGCCCGAGAAGGACAACGAGACCACCACAACUGCCUCUGAGUGCGGCAACUACAGCGACCUGGAUGAGGACCUGGAUGAGAAGCCACGUCCUCAGCCAUCGUCGGUGUCCCCCGCCAGCUCACCCAAGCCAGCGCUAUCUUUUCUAUGUGACGUAGCAGGUAACUCUGAAAAUGGCAAGCCUCCCAUUUUUCCCACAAACCACAAAUUGAUUGACACACUAAAUGGUACUACCAGUAGUAGCAACAUUGUCAAUGCCAGCAGUAGCAGUGCCCUCAACAACAUUGGCACCAAUAUCACCAGUGUGUUCACCUCCUCCACUGGCCAUACGACAGCCAUCAGUGGCUGUGGUGCCACCCCCGUGGUGGUCACGGGUGGCCGGGCCGCUGCUGCACCCAGGGCAUCGCCGGGGAAAGCCACCGCCCCUAUGGCGACACCACUGCUGUCAGUGACCAACAACAGCAAGAUGGUUGGCACCCCAGCUACCUCUCUGUGCACGAGCACCAGUUUGGCCAGCCUGGUUUCGCAGCAACAGUCACAGGUGGUGACCACACCAGCAAGUCUAGGCCUCGUUUCGGCAAGUCCUACCUCUGUCAGCGGAAGUCCUGCCAUGGGGCCGGGCAUCCCAGCAGGCACAGUGCAAGUGGUGGCCAGCCCCAGUGGCACAGUGAAAGUGAUAGGUGUGGCUACAGCCACUAGUGGACACACAGCAGGUGCAUCUGCUCCCGGUGCAGUUUCCUCUCCGGGUGUGGGUGGCGGUCCGCUCGUGGCUCUGGCCGUGGCAGCUUCUACGGCAGCAACGCAGCCAACAGCAGGCAAGUCACUGGUGCGUGUGGCAACCACUGUGGCGCCAUCUGGCGUCGGUCGUCCAGCACCCGCGACGGGCCCCACACCCGUCACUUUGGUGACGGCAGCGAAGUCUCUAUUUCUUGGCGGCCCACAAGGCGGAGUGGCGGCAACAGUGGCGACUGUCGGUUCAAAUCCCCAGCCUGUUGUGGCUGUGGCUGGGCCACCUACAGCCACUGUAGUGACAACACCCACUGUCCGACGAGGCCUGCCCCAAAUCCUGACACCUCGCGUUACUGGUGCAACAGUGCUGUCCAAUUCUACGGUGGGCACCUUGAAACCAGUGCGGGGUAGCAGUCCAGCACUCUCCCAACUAGCAGCCCACGUGACCCACGUGGCUGCCGCCACUGCGCCCACGGGACAGAUUCCACUCAUGGCACCCAUCUCAGUCGUGGGGCACCUGCCCACAUUGCUGAGUCAGCAGUUCCUCUCACCGGGUCUCGGUCCCUUAGCAGCGGCGGCGGCAGCCACAGCCGGGGGCAACGCACACCACCACCACCACCACCAUCACGCUGGCGCCACUGCAGUCGUCAAGCCCCUCGUCGUGGUCAGCCUUCCCAAUGUGGUGGCCCAACCGGCGACCUCGUCUAGCGUUGGCACGGCCCAGUGACACCCCCUUCCUCCUGUUUGGCGAUGACUUUCUGCAGUGGUGGAGUGCAGUUUUGUUCCCUGCUCCUUUUUCGUUUCCACUCGUGUUGCCUUCUUACGAGCACCCCACCGCCUCUCCUUGUGUUGCCUGCCCAAAGAAUAUCUUGCACCGUGCUUAAAGCUGCGGCACAGAGCUCUGGCAGAGUCUCUCACCUCCCUCUUCAUUGUUACUGUAGAGAACCUAUUCACCAACAAUGCAUGUGUAAACGGCAACAGAAAAACUUGAGUAGCUUCUUUGUUGCUCACGUAUUCCCCCGGUCACGGUUGUUUUCUUCCUUUCGGUCAGCUUCUUCCGUUUCCUAAAUAUCGCAGGCCUGCGAGGGUCUGUUGCACUUCAACCCUGUUAGGUGUGGUAGGUGUUCAAUUCCAGACUGGAGAGCUCGAUGUGUCACGGAUGCAAGAAAGCGAGAGCAAAAACACAUCUUGCCAUUGUGUUCUCCUCCUGUGUUGACAGUGCUUACUGGCUGCUUGUGGUCCGUGGAAGGCAUAUGUAAAGAUUUCACACGGCUGCAACAGUGAUGAACCUGAUGUUGUGAAGCGCUGCAAGAAAGGCACUGUGUUUUUUUUUUUUCUCUGUAUUCUUGCUUGUUUCGAGCAGCUGUUCUCUCCCGUUAAGUUCAUUUCAUUUAUCAGUGACGCAUUUUUCAGUAGAUGAUAUGCUUGACAAGAAAGGAAAAGAUCUUUGGCAAGGUUUAUUAUUUUUCUCUGCUCAGCAGCAGCAUGUUGGUUUGCUGUGCCACUUAUACUGCACAUGGCAUGGAUGUGCGAGUUGCUGUGCUUAUUUAGGGAGUCAUCAUCAUUCAUUCUGUAUCUGAUGACGGACGAUAUUACAUUUCAGCCCUGAUUUUUUUUCUUUUUCCCAUCUCCAAGCUGCCCUAUGAAUUAAAGUCUGUCAUAGCUGCCCUCACCACCUUCUGUAUCUUUUUUCUUGGUGUUCAUUAACAAUCUCGGAGUUAAGCACUGAUUUAUUUCAAAGGACUUUCACUUGUGCGCCUGAGCAUGCAACUAAUCUGCAUAUUCUGCACCUGCCAUUUCAUUGACUGAACUAUCCUAACUGGCACACAGACAAGUUCUUGGCAUAGCUUUGCAAUCAGCCUUGUUCCCAAACAAGAGAUGCAAGAAAUUAACGGCUUUCUUGCACAAAGUCAGCUGCACUAACUUAAUUAUCAUCCUCCCUCUCUACAGUCAGUGUGCUUUUGCAGUCAUUGGUCUGUUUGUGGGGUGACAGAAGCCUUGUUGUUGCUCUUCGUAGCUGUCCUUGUGCUCCAUUCUAUCAUUUUGGUGAACACAUUGACGAAGGAGCUUCCCAUAGUGCGGUGAGUUUGGCAUCCUGAACAUCCUGGAACUUCAAAUGUCUUCCUCGCUCUUACAAAAAAAACGUGCCGGUGUUUUCUGCUGCCUUUGACAAUUCAUUCCAUUGCUGAAGCUUCCAAGAAAGUGGCUGUUUUGUUUCCAUGUUCUGUGCACAAACUGUUCAUGUUGUGUUGAUGUUGUACUCAUUUUUUUUUUUUUACCUUGUGAAACUGUGUUGCCUGUGAAUGUUGCCUGUGACACCCUGCACCUGCUCAGUGACUUCUGUUUUCUACAUUUUGUUAUCCGCUUGGGAAGCGUGGAUGUGCGUGGAAUGAGGGGGUGGGGGGAAAGAAUGGCAGUGUUUGUGUGCUUCAGAAGCUAGACAGUCAGGCCACUGUGGCCUCACGAGCAGUCACCUUUGAAAUGCUCCAACUUGGCUUUCGCACGUUGUGCUUUCGAAACACUUUUACUAGAUCGCCAAGUGUGAAAGAGUGACAUUGCUUCAUAAGCCUGGGCACAUUUUGGUGGGGCACACUCACGGUGUUAAUUGCACGAUCGUGAGACCGUUUGCUGGCUUGGCAAUGGAGAACGACAAACUGUAAGCUCUGUCACGCCACUGGAGUCCUCAAAACGGCACUGAAUCAAUAUUUUUUAAGCUUUCACACCCGGUGAGUUCAGUGUGGUGGAAAUUACUCGUCGCGUCUUAAGAUGCGGGAGCGGCGCUCCUGUGUGAAGAUCUCCUCUGGGGUCCAAAGAGAGUUGAUGGCGUUUUAUGUGUGUAGACAGAGACAGCAAAAACCGGACGCAGCUUUUGUGUACAUCAUAAGUGCAUGGACAUGUGAUUUUGAGCAACCCCAUGCAAAGCUUGCUCUCAAUGGGCAAUUGUACCGAGACUUGCAAGUGUGUGCAAGGACACUGCUAAAACAUGUUGACUUCUGAGAAAUGAAAGCUCAGCGUUGCUUUUUAUUUUUCCCCCUUUGUGUUUUGUUUGGACGUUUCUGCACUUGUGGUACCUGACAGAUUGAAGAAGGUUCAAGUAGUUCACUGUUUUUUCUCCCGGAGGAAUAUUACUGAUUUCUUGUAUUUUUGAUUUCGUGUGCUUUUCCUUUUUAUUAUUUUUUUUAUAUAUAAGAAAGGAACAAAGUGUGUGAUUCCCAGCUCAAAUUGUAAUACUUACAUCCUUUUUUUUCUUUUUCCUCUGGAUUUUAUCUUUGUAAAUGUGGAAAGGAAAUAGUGCAUUGUUUUACAGAACUUGGGAAGUGCUUAGAUAUGGCUAUUUUAUGUUUUGCAGGAGCUCCUCAUAAUGUGCAUUUUUAUGAAACUGGAGUUUUACGUUUUGUCACAGUGCAAACGUUGUAGUUUAAGUUACUUUCGUAAUAAUCCCAUUGUAAUCAACUGCAGCUGCUUCGAUGCCAGAAAACGGCACUGACGUGUCACGGAAAUAUCAGUGACCAUUGUUUUCUAGUUUUCAGCAGACAUUAGAGUAAAUCACCAGUAUGAGUGAAGGAGAAAACAAAGUUCGUGAAUUAGAUCAAGUUGAACACUUCUCAUGCAUUGCUGUAGGCAUGUGCACUGGGAGAGGGGGGUCAUGCCCCCCACACCUCCCGCCUGAUGGGCAGGGAAGAGAGGUGCAAAUUCGUUAGUGUAACAAUUAUUAUUUAGCACGCAGCAUGUGGAAGCUCUUAUAUCUCAGUCGAAAUGACGACUAAGAGAGCUGAAAAUGUUUUAUGUCAGCGAUAGGGCUUUCUUUGCUUACUACAGGUGCGAGUUGAAAUGCACAUUUUGUUGAAAAUGAAUCAUGCCAUCUGUGUAAAUGAGCAUUUCUUUUCUUUUUCUUUUUUCUCUAAUUUUGUGAUGGGUACUAAGGCAACAAUGAAAAAACUCCUCCCCUCUGCACACCUAUGUGCACUGCUACAACUAAGCCUCAAAAGCGGGCGCUUCAAUGAGCUGCGCAUUGGGCACAGGCCAGCAUUUUUCUUCUGCACUUAAUUGCUCUUCAGACUCCAUAGCCUCGAGUCAUCGUAACCUCUAGGCUUCUCUGUACUGAUUAUUUAGUUGACACCUUCAACAUCUGUCUGUCUGCUUUUGUAAGACCUAGCAGAAUUCUGGUUUGAGCUAGUUGGUACUGGUUGAUAACUGAGGAUACUUUUGGCGCAAAUCGAGCGAGGACACAUAACACAAAAGAAGAGGACGGGCGCCGAACUUCCAACUAAUUUUAUGUGUCCUCGUUUGAUUUGCGCCAAAAGUAUCCUCAGUUGUAAGACCUCUUGGGCAAAUGAAACAAACACCUUCACGGGGUGUGGGCAGAGUGCUAAUUGAAAGUUAAGGUUCAAACAUGCAUACAUUGCGUAAGUUAUUGAUGUGUGAUUGAUUGGAGAGUUGUGGUCCUCCCCAUAUCUAGUGCGCUUGAGAUAGCUGUAGUUUACUUAAAUAUGUUCCGAACUAAGUGGCUGUGGCAUUGUUUUUCACGCUUCAAUUUAAGUACCCACAACAUUGGCCAAGGAGUUCAGAGUUUCUCCAGGAACUGCUCAACGAAAGUUCUGCGAGAAAUUUAUCAGUUGGUGGAAGUAUCGAAAUUCCUCUCAAAGUCUGUGCAGAGAAUAUUGUAUGCACUGUAGUUUGCUGGUGUAGGAAUAUUUUUUUCGAGGGGGCAUGUCAAUCACUAUUAAUUGAGCGCUAAGCAAGUGGGUGUUGUUGGGUUUGUUUUAUGCUAAGUAUUGUAUUGUGGACAAAUUUCGAGAGUGCAGUCAUGUGCCUGCUCAGUUACCAUCUGGUUACUCCACUGCUGUAGACUUCAGUUUUCUGUACUGGAUGCAGUGCAGAGAUUAUAUAAGGCAAUUGUGUAAAACAUCUCACUGAUUGAUCUAGCUUCCAUAAAGAAAAACGCAUGAACUCCACUUGCAAAUACUUGUACGCAUGGCUAAAGCAGUACAAAAUCAGUCUUAAAUCCUCAUUUUGACCCCUAGGUUAAAUUUGCGGGCCUGUUUAUGAACAUUUGUAGCUGGCACCUAGUUAGUGUGAAAGGAUGCCAUUACAUUCCCAGUUUUUCUGAAUUCAUCCAACGACGUCAAAGCACUCUCUUGUGUCUUAUGGCAACCUAUAAAACAGACGGUAUUGCAGAGACGACAACUUGAUGUUGUACAUCUGAAUGGACACAGCCAACACGUAUUUGAGCAUUAUUUUAAUAAUGAGAUGUCAUCGAGCCAUCACGUUUUUGUUAGACAACCGAAGAUUAGCGUUAUCUGGCUUUCUUUCAUUUACAUGUCCCAUUCCGAUGUCAUAGCUCAGAAGUGGUGUGGGUGAUAUUGUGACAACUGGAUAGCAUAGAUGAAAACAUGGACUUGUUCAACGUGUAAUAGCAGCUUCAUAAAUAGUUCAGCCACUCUAUUUGAUAUUCGUAUGCCACUGUAUUAAGGAUAAUAAUGCUAGUUAGAUAUGGCACUGCAACUUUGAUGCUUCAAUGAAGGGAAGCACACUUUGCGAGUGUAUUUCUACAUGCUGCCUCUAAAGGCAUCAACUUGCACCUGUGUGUAUGUGCAGUUCAUUUGUAGUCUGAUUAUUUGGGCCCAGGAAAGCCACUGACUGUUAUAGUGCCCACAUAUCAAUAUCCAUGGUUAUGUUCCGAUUAUGCUCAUUUAAUUGCUAAGGGCAUCACUUCCUUCUCAUCAUUAGAACACUUAACUGACUCCCUGCCCCUAAUUUAUCUAUUAAGGUCAUCGACGCAAAUAUAUUGAUGAUGCAAAUGUUACAGCCUACCUUAAUCAGUUUCAUUUCCAAGAAAAGCCCUGUAGUGAUGACUUUCAACAUUGAGUGCUGCUCCAUUUGCUAAAAUUUAUGCAAGAAUGUUUAAAAGAGAAGAUUAACAAGGCUGUUGGCAUAUAAAAUAGAGGGGUGAGACUGGAAAGAAAAGGAAUAAAAAAAAUUUCAGAAAAUUUUUGUGUAGUUGACUUACAGCUAUCUUCGAACUUUUAAUACACCCUGUACAGGCACAUUCAGCAUUGAUGACAAAAUAAGCAGAUACAAGAUCUGCCAAGGCAGUCGUGAGCAUCCAUCUCUGCAAAACCACAUUUUUCGCCACCUAUGGAGGUCAAACCAAAUGCAAGCAACAGUGUUGAAUCCAGGUUUGGAUUAUCCUAAAGUGUAGCUCUUGCAGGGUUAGGCAUCAUGUACCUUGGGUUGGUUGUAGCAUGUCCAGUUUUCAUGUUGUCUUCUUAUCAUUAUUUCGAUUUACUUGUAUGAGAUGUUUAUCUGUACUGGAGGUGGUCCCUGCUAUAUCUAUGAUUGGCUCAAAAGGUUCGUGAUGGAUAUUGGUAAGAGAACCACUGGGCGAUUGUAGCAGACCUGCCAAGCAUUUUGAGACCACUGCAGUGCAGGAAUGAAAAGAGGAAGAAAAUGAACGGAAUGCGCAGGAACAAACAGUUGCUUUUUAUUCUUAUGUCUGCCUUUUUUUUUUUUUUACUCUAUGGUUAUAUGUUGCUUUGGUCUCAAAUGCAUACCAGCUUCAGCACUUUGUUCUGCUAUUUUAAUGAAACUGUAGGCAUCUUUGCCUGUGUAUUGUCUACACAUAGAAACAUCUUCCUCUGUCAUGUUGCCUUAGUUUUAGAAUUUUUUAAUUUCCUUGUUUCUAUCUCUACCUACAUGCCAUUGCAAAACCUGGCAGUGCUUCAAGGCUGUUAAAAAUACAUGCGCAUUGAAUGUACAUUGAACUUAGGAUGGGAAUGUUUGUGAAUGAAUUCAACUUCUCUCGUAUCAGACUUGGGGAGUGGACGAAAUGGAUUAGUGUCCAUUUGGUGUUUUGGAACAUUCUUCGUUGAGUGUUUUGAAUGCGGAGGGGCAACAUACCAUGUCAAGCUGCCGUUGAGUUGUUACUUACACCCUCAAGGGUGCGAGAUGAGCGAAGUGGUGAAUUUUGUACAGAACGGUACGAUAUGCUGACUUUUUCGUGCUACCUUAGCAGUGAUGCCCGACAUCUGACAGUUCUUUCCUCAGUUUCAUAACUGGACUGAUGAGAAACAGCAACAAAAGAGGCUAGGUGGAGAAGAAAGUUAGCAGAAAUGUUUCUCUAGGUGGUCUGCUGUCUUGAAGCACUUGGAAGUCACGAACGCAUUGGUAUUGAGAUCCACUGUUUCGUUGAAAUGUGUAUGGGCUGCCCUCGCAAUUGCUAGACAUUUAUAGACAGAAAGCAUCCAGCAAUAUUUUGUACACUUGCUCGUUUACAGUCGUGCAGAGCAUCUUCUUUACUUCAUUGUGCACGGCCAAUACUGAACAAGAGGCGUGAGGUUUCGUAGAGCAAUUCAGACAGCUUCGAAGUGCUGCAGGUUUUUUUUUUUUUCUUUUUAUGAACUAUGUGCUUUCUGCAGCAUGCUUUCCGAGAGCAACGUGCACGAUGGCUUUCAACUACGGUUUCACCUUUCAUGUGUUGUAUAAUUUAUUGUGUGUUCACUGACUUUUUCUUAUGUUCUUUAUUUGGCACAUAUACAUAUGUAUGUAGAUAAUGCAUAAUUUAUUUGUGUGGAUGUGAAACAGUGGCUGCAAACUGCUUAAUCUAAGAAGGCGCUAUGAUACGAAUGAAUUGCUACUGCCUCACAUGUUGGUUCCUCUGCUUGUGUAGCAUGUCAAGGAAAUGGAUCUGCUUGCAAC